GAAAGUAGAUCGUUACCAGCCUUAUCGAAGGCAACACAACACCAAUUUCAAAUUGCGGACCAAAACAAAAAAGGAAAAUAAUUAACAAUAACAACAAUUGAAUUGAAUACAAAUAUAAAAAAAAAAUAAAUUAUUAAACAUUUGAAUAAACACACAAAAAACAUGAGCGGUGUCUUGAGACGGGGGUCACUAAGUUUUGACCUUGAUAACCGAUCGAAACGCGGUAGCAUCGAAUCGAAUUUGUAUGGCGGAUAUCGGGAUAUGAAAAAUGCCCCAACUCCCGAAAUCAGUGUAAUAUCCUUUGACUUUCGGCGGCAUUCGGCCGAUUUGAAAAAAGACAACACCAACAAUGGCGACAGCGACCCAAUUCAUCAGCUGCAAAUACCCGUGGAUGUGCCAAGGAAACCCAGCGACGAUCCCGACAGCGAUAUAAUAUCCAAUUUCAUUGGCCAUUAUGGCAAAUGGAACUUCAUUUGGACAUUUGUCUUGAGUUUGUUUCAAAUAACUCCCACUUUUCAAAUGUUUGCCUUUGUGUUUCAGACAGCCGACAAAGAUUUCUGGUGUGCCCGACCACAAAAUAUGAUGGACAUGAAUGCCAGCGAAUGGAAAAAUCUAACCCAGACUACCGAUUCGUGCUCAAUCUGGAAUAUUGACUUUAGUUCGAUGGACUCCAUACAGUCCCUAUUUAAUUAUAUGGCAACAUCGGAUGCCCCGCCAAACUACACCCAGUGCACCCAGUUUGAAUUUGAUGGAGACCAAUCCAUGACAUUGGUCCAGGAAUUUGGUUUGGUUUGUUCAAAGCGUCAGCUGCUGAGUGUGGUUGAAAUGUGUUUCUUGGCCGGGGCUGCAGUGGGCAGUGUUUCUAGUGGUUGGAUUUCAGACAAAUUUGGUCGCAAACAUACCCUGAUGAGCUUCGCCCUAUUGCAAACGACUUUUGGCACUCUCUUGGCCUUCUCGUCGUCCUUGGCCAUGUACAUGGCUUUACGUGUGAUAAUUGGAUUCGCCUCGAUGACAGUGGCCGUUGUUAGUUUCGUGCUAGUGGUCGAAUUGGUCUCCGGCAAGUGGCGCACCGUGAUUGGCAUUUUGAAUAUUCUGCCGGUUGCGGUAACGUAUGUUCUGACAGCUGGUAUAUCCUACUUCGUGCGAGAUUGGCGCACAUUGCAGCUGGUCAUAUCGUUGCCAUGGUUUGCCAUAUUAUGCAUUUGGUACUGCGUCCCCGAAUCGCCACGGUGGCUUUUGGCCAGAGGUCGCCUGGAGGAGCUGUAUGCCAUUGUUGAGAGGGCGGCUCGUCUAAAUGGUACCACAUUGCCGGCUAACUACAAAAAAUCACUGGAGGCUGCAGUGCCGCCCUCAGCGUCCAGUGACCAAAAUGCGCCGACGUCUGUCGUCAAUGGCUCUGUCGACGGCGAUGCAGUCAAUCCCUCAAUGAAUGAUACAAAUACCAAGGCAGCGGAGCUGGAUGCCAACGCAAGUCCAUUGGUUGUAGUUUUCAGCCGAACCUAUUUGCGUACCACCUGUUUGACCCUGGUUGUCUGGCUGACUUUGAUAAUUAUUUAUUUCGGCCUGACUCUACAUCUCAGCAACCUUGGUGGCAACAUUUAUGUAAAUACGGCCAUUGCGGGUGCCGUGGAAGCCGUUUCAAUAUGCCUGAGCGUGUUUGUUGUCCUGAAAUUGGGUAUUCGCUUGAAUUUAAUAGCCUAUAUGCUGAUACCGGGCAUCUGUUGUUUGGCCGUCAAUAUUGUGCCCAAGGGGGAUGAGAAUCUUAUUUAUGUGAUAGCAUUGGCCAUGAUUGCCAAAUGUAUUAUUGGGGCAAACAAUGCCAUUAUCCCCACCUACACGGCCAUGCAAUACCCAACGGUGGUGCGUAACUUUGGUGUGGGCAUGGGCAAUCUGGCUGCUGGCGUCGCACUGAUACUGGUCCCAUAUAUGUGGCUUUUGGAACACAUAGAUCCCUUGUUGCCGAUGAGUAUAAUGGGAGUGUGCGGUCUUAUUGGAGCAAUUGCGUUGGCAAUGAUGAAAGAUGUUCAUCCGUGAUUUGGACACCGACCCGACACUCUGUGCGUGUCUUUGUGUGCAUGUGUAACAUUAAUCAUCAACCAUCUGUGAUAAAAAGGGAUUCAUAAUUUGAGGCACAGAAAUAGUUAUAACAAUUUGUAUAUUGUUUAACUUUCGAUUAAAAUUUGCUCGGUAUUUCAUUCGAGUUCCAUAAAUGUAAGUGUGAGAAUAAUUUCAUUAUUCAUAACAUAUCCGGGACAAAAUCUACUUCUUAGACCUAAAUUAAUGUAGGUGGCUAUGUUUACUUUAUUUUGUGGUAAAAGGUAAAAGCUAUUUGAUUUAAGCACUCCCAUUGCCCAGUCGGCGAAAAUGAUUGUUAUUCGCCAUGGGUUUCAAUUCAAAAUUGCACCCAGGCUUAUGAAUGGAUUUGUUGGUAAGCCGCCUUAAUAGAACAUAGUAAGUUAAGUAUUCCUAUAUAGGUAUAUGUGUUAAAUUUUGCCCACCAAUUCACAUUCAUUUAAUUUGAGUUAAGAAAUAUUUUAUUUAUACCCACAAAAAUACUAUGUUGAUACUUUAUUCAUUAAUGGUCCUUCAUAAAAUUCAGAGAACGAUGAUGAAAAUUCCAAGAAAGGUGAAUCUCGAUUCAUGAAUGAAAAUUGUUUUAUAAAGCUAUUGGUUAUUAUUUCACAUUGUUCUAUGUAAAUUAAGCUAUAUGUAUCUAGUUUAAGUUUAAUUUGUUUAUAUGAAAAUAAAAAGUUUAAUUUUUGUUAA